AUGUCCUACAAGCCCAUCGCCCCCGCCCCCAGCAACACCCCGGGCUCCAGCACCCCCGGGCCCGGCACCCCGGUCCCGACAGCCGGAAGCGUCCCCUCGCCGUCGGGCUCGGUGCCGGGAGCUGCGGCCCCUUUCCGACCGCUGUUUAACGACUUCGGGCCGCCCUCCAUGGGCUACGUGCAGGCGAUGAAGCCCCCCGGCGCCCAGGGCUCGCAGAGCACCUACACGGACUUGCUGUCGGUCAUAGAGGAGAUGGGCAAGGAGAUCCGGCCCACCUAUGCCGGCAGCAAGAGCGCCAUGGAGCGCCUGAAGAGAGGCAUCAUCCAUGCCCGGGCCCUAGUCAGAGAGUGCCUGGCGGAGACAGAGCGGAACGCCCGCACGUAA